AAACAAGCCCUCGUCAGGUAGGACUAAGAGUAGCAGAUUCUGUUUUGGUUCGGCAUUCCGCGCUUGGUUGAGCUCGCCUCGGUCGCUGUUCACCGUUGUCUUCCCUUCGUGGUUGUUCUCCGUCAAGUAUCGAAAAAGGCGCUAGGACUAUGGCAGAAGAUCUUGUGCUGGACACUGCUAUCAGAGAUUGGGUACUGAUCCCUCUCUCUGUGGUCAUGGUCCUCAUUGGUGUUCUCCGCUAUUUUGUUGCAAAGCUUAUGCGCUCUUCUCAAACCCCAGAUGCUAAAAUGGUGAAAGAAGGACAAGUCAUUCUUAGAGCUCGGAAUUUACGUGCUGCUGCUAAUUUUAUACCUUCAAAGGCUUUUCGGGCGCGCAAAAUUUAUUUCUGCAAUGAGGAAAAUGGUCUCUUGUUUGUACCCAAGGGUCAAGCCCAGAAUCCACAAGCACAGAUGUUCUCUGAUCCCAAUAUGGCUAUGGAUAUGAUGAAGAAAAAUCUUUCAAUGAUCAUACCUCAGACUCUUACUUUCGCUUGGGUGAACUUUUUCUUUUCUGGAUUUGUAGCAGCCAAGAUACCCUUCCCAUUGACUCAGAGGUUUAGGUCAAUGUUGCAGAAUGGGAUUGACUUAAGUACAGUGGAUGUUAGUUAUGUCAGUAGUCGAUCCUGGUACUUCCUGAAUCUGUUUGGGCUAAGGGGGUUCUUUAGUCUCAUCUUGGGGGAAGAAAAUGCUGUAGAUGAUACGCAACGUAUGAUGCAAAUGGGUGGGUUUGGUUUUGAUCCUUCAAAGGGUCUCAGUGCUGAGAAAGACAAUCUUGACAUAACCCAGCAUGAUUGGGCUUUACCCAAUUUUGAGCAGCGUGCGGAAACUGUACUGAAGAAACUGGUCAGCUGAACAGCUCAUGACACGGGCAGUUUAAUGAUUUGCUCUGUGAUCAGCCCAAAUACAGCAGCAAAGUGUGUGAUUGGGCUUCAACUAUUGCUGUCGGCCUGUGAAAUAUAACUGAUCAAGUUGAGAUCGUAGAUUUUAUUUCUAAGCUGAAAGUUGAUGAUAUUUAUAAAUAUUUAUCCGAAAACAAGUUCACAAUCUUUGUAGAAAGAGCAGAAAUUUUAUUAUUGCUUUCUAAUUUUAGGUUGGUCACGAGAAACUAGUUUCCCAUGAAAUGCGAGACCCUGCACUUUUUUGUAACUUUCGUCUGUUUCCUAGAUUGAUUGAAAAGUUUUGUCUGAUAUAUGAUUC